GUGUGCUGUUUUCUCUCUCUCUCUCUCUCUGUCACUGUGUGCUAUAAAUAGCCAGACAGAGAGCCUUCUCUCUUCACAGUGUCUUGUUCAGAAAGUUGAACUACUAUUGACUGAGAUAAAAGCUCCAGGAGGUGACAGCAAUGGCGGAUCCGAGCUCAUCUGGCCCAAAUCCUGACCCGAAAACUAAGAAGGAUUUUUCCACUGCUAUUUUGGAGCGAAAGAAGUCUCCUAAUCGACUUGUGGUUGAUGAAGCUAUCAAUGAUGAUAAUUCUGUGGUGUCCUUGCACCCUGCUACCAUGGAAAAACUUCAGUUUUUUCGGGGUGACACUGUGCUAAUAAAGGGGAAGAAACGAAAAGACACAGUUUGCAUUGUUCUUGCUGAUGAACAAUGUGAAGAACCGAAAAUCAGAAUGAACAAAGUUGUAAGGGCUAAUCUUAGGGUUCGUCUUGGAGAUGUUGUGUCGGUUCAUACUUGCCCUGAUGUCAAAUAUGGGAAGCGGGUUCACAUCCUUCCAAUCGAUGAUACAAUUGAAGGCGUAACUGGAAACUUGUUUGAUGCAUAUUUGAAGCCAUACUUCUUGGAAUCUUACCGGCCUGUGAGGAAGGGUGACCUUUUCCUGGUCAGGGGUGGGAUGCGAAGUGUUGAGUUCAAGGUCAUUGAGACAGACCCUGGUGAAUACUGUGUUGUUGCUCCCGAUACUGAGAUUUUCUGUGAGGGAGAACCUGUGAAACGUGAGGAUGAGGAAAAAUUGAAUGAGGUGGGCUAUGAUGAUGUUGGAGGUGUUAGGAAGCAAAUGGCUCAGAUACGCGAGUUAGUAGAGUUACCUCUUAGACACCCACAGCUCUUCAAGUCCAUUGGAGUGAAACCACCUAAAGGUAUUCUGCUUUAUGGACCACCUGGGUCUGGGAAAACUUUGAUUGCAAGGGCUGUAGCUAAUGAGACUGGAGCAUUCUUCUUUUUGAUUAAUGGACCUGAAAUAAUGUCAAAGUUAGCUGGUGAGAGUGAAAGCAACUUGAGGAAGGCAUUUGAAGAAGCUGAAAAGAAUGCCCCAUCAAUCAUUUUUAUUGAUGAGUUAGAUUCCAUUGCUCCAAAGAGGGAGAAGACUCAUGGUGAAGUGGAAAGGCGUAUAGUAUCGCAACUUCUGACUUUGAUGGAUGGUCUCAAGUCCCGUGCACAUGUUAUUGUCAUGGGAGCUACAAAUAGGCCAAACAGCAUUGACCCUGCUCUGAGGAGGUUUGGAAGAUUUGAUAGAGAGAUUGACAUAGGUGUACCGGAUGAAGUUGGAAGAUUGGAAGUUUUGAGAAUCCAUACAAAGAACAUGAAACUUGCAGAAGAUGUUGAUCUCGAACGAGUUUCAAAGGAUACCCAUGGUUAUGUCGGUGCUGAUCUUGCCGCUCUCUGUACUGAGGCUGCUCUUCAGUGCAUCCGUGAGAAAAUGGAUGUUAUUGACUUGGAAGAUGAGGAAAUUGAUGCUGAGGUGUUGAAUUCUAUGGCUGUGACGAAUGAACACUUCCAGACUGCAUUGGGUGCUUCAAAUCCUUCAGCAUUGCGUGAAACUGUUGUGGAGGUACCUAAUGUCUCAUGGGACGCUAUUGGUGGAUUGGACAAUGUCAAAAGAGAACUUCAAGAGACUGUUCAAUACCCAGUGGAGCAUCCUGAGAAGUUUGAGAAAUUUGGCAUGUCACCUUCUAAAGGUGUUCUCUUUUAUGGGCCACCUGGUUGUGGUAAAACCCUUCUUGCUAAGGCAAUUGCCAAUGAAUGCCAGGCGAAUUUCAUUAGCAUCAAAGGCCCCGAGUUACUGACAAUGUGGUUUGGAGAAAGUGAGGCAAACGUCCGUGAGAUAUUUGACAAGGCUCGCCAAUCUGCUCCUUGUGUUCUUUUCUUUGAUGAGCUGGACUCGAUUGCAACUCAGCGUGGAAAUUCUUCUGGAGAUGCUGGUGGUGCUGCAGAUAGAGUCUUGAACCAACUUCUAACUGAAAUGGAUGGAAUGAGUGCAAAGAAAACAGUUUUUAUCAUUGGAGCAACAAACAGGCCAGACAUUAUUGACCCAGCAUUGCUCAGGCCUGGACGUCUUGACCAGCUCAUCUAUAUCCCACUCCCAGAUGAAGCUUCCCGUCAUCAGAUUUUCAAAGCAUGUUUGCGGAAGUCACCCGUCUCUAAGGAUGUUGACCUUGCAGUUCUUGCGCGUCAUACCCAUGGUUUUAGUGGUGCUGAUAUCACUGAGAUAUGUCAGCGUGCCUGCAAAUAUGCCAUCAGAGAAAAUAUUGAGAAGGAUAUUGAGAAGGAGAGAAGAAGGGCAGAGAACCCAGAAGCGAUGGAGGAGGAUGACAUUGAUGAGGUUCCCGAGAUAAAGGCAGCACACUUCGAGGAAUCCAUGAAAUUUGCCCGCAGAAGUGUCAGUGAUGCUGACAUCAGGAAGUACCAGGCAUUCGCUCAGACUCUGCAGCAAUCUCGUGGGCUUGGAUCCGACUUCCGGUUCCCCCAAACGGGCACCACUGCAGGAGGAGCAGCUCCAGACCCUUUUGCUUCGGCCCCAGCUGCUGCAGAUGACGAUGAUCUGUACAGCUGAGCUGAAAGCAAUAAAUGUAGUUGUCUAGUUGACGGUGACGUUCUGUAGGUUAAAUUAAUGUUCAAUAUCUGGCUUUCGCUUUGGUGCUUGUAUUUUGCCGUGAAAGAAAGGCAUUCAGCAAUGCUUUUCUAAGCACUAUCUUCGUACCAUCUAUGUAGUAAUUUAUCUUCUCUAUUACAAGGGUGUUUCAAAGGAACAA